AUGAGUCGCCUCAGCGAUGAUGUGGGCAACGCCAAAGUUGAUCUAGCUCCAUCGGCCGACGCAAAUCCCGCGAACCUCGAGACGUCUGAACAUAGCUCAAAUCCAGUUUCUACGAAGGAACUCGUCAAUUUCGCCCUCGACUUUCUCUCAACCUCUAGCAAUGAAACUCUUUUGGGUGUGUUUGCUCUCCUUACACUUGUCACCUAUGUUGUUCUUGGGCGAAUUGGACUCGUCCUUAUUGGAGUAGUGCUAGGGGUUGUCCUCCACGCAUCGUGGGAAGGACCAGGCCCAGCCUCAGAAGGGUCGCGUGCACAGAACAAGAGAAGAGAACUUGCGCUCGAGGUGUCCAGCAGGCUUUUGGAUUGGCCGAAACAGGACAGUAGUGCGCUAACCCAGGGCGACAAUGAUGGGUCUACGACUGUACCUGAGGAUCUGUCCUCGGCAGACCUUGAUUAUGCCACCUUUCAACCAGCCACCGCAAGUGCACUGAAAACGCUCACAGAUGCUGUCAUAAGGGACUAUGUUCAGAAACGAACGGAGGACACCUUUUUGCAAUUCUUAACCAACUCUUCGUCUAUUGUCAUUGUAUUCCUUAAUGAGCUCGCUGCAGCUUUUGCUGCUGGGGACUCUCACACCAUGGAGGCUCAGGAAACGGUGGACCGGUACCUCGAACAAUUUCCGGACAGCAGCCUAGCCAAUGUCUUGUCUCAGAAACAGCAACAUAAAAAACUCAACAUGAUUGCGGACGAUAUAUUGUCAAACUUCCUGGAUUCCAAGGCAUACGACUGCUCGGCUGUGCGGGAUUUCCUCCGUGAGGUUUUUGCGGGUGUUAUAUUGGAGUCUACGGUGACCAGUCUCGCUCGUCCCGAGUUUAUCAAUGACUGGAUUAUCUAUCUCCUACAAGAUGGUGAAUCUGAAAUUAUGCACGCCAUUGAUGCGGGCGUUGAAGGCGCACGAAAUCAGGACACCAGCGUCCCCAAGUCAUCGGAUGCUUUACCCCUGGAGUCGAUUUCAAACCCAGCAUCCCAAAACAACCAGAGACAAUCUAUGCAGGCGGAUAGAGCGACGGAAGAGGCGGUUCUCGAGGCAAAACGUCUCAGUGCCAUGAUUGCAUCGCAAGAUAUACGAAGCCCAGAAUCCACACGGGAAGCCGAUGGAUCUCGAUCGAAUACUGAGUCAGGUUCAAAUGCAAGCCAUGAAGUGGAAGACAGCCAGGAUCAAGAUGAAACUCUUACAUACCUAUUUUCGAGGUCACAGUCACCCGCAAAUCCAGAAAGAUCUGAAGGUACGACCCAUUCGCCUCAAAUCAGUGCCCAGGAUAAUGCAUCUGUGCCUUUGGUUCUCCACGGUGCCCAAAUUCUGGUAGAUGAUGAUGGAUCGAGCAAUGAAAAGGGCCAAAUUAAGUCACGACCGACGUGGGAUUAUUUACUACAGGUUGAGCCAGCCUCAACACGCUCGACUGGGUGGAUGGUUUUCCGAAAGUAUUCGGACUUUCAGUCCCUUCAUGAGAUGCUCGAGACUGUUUCACGAUUAAAUCGAAUUCAAAGUUUCUCGGAUCGGUACCCGGUGCUUCCCUCUUGGAAGGGAAAAACGAGGCAAACCCUCGCUCGGGACCUAGAAGGAUAUUUGCAUGAUGCUAUGAAAUAUGAAGCUCUUGCUGACACGGAUCGAAUGCGCCGGUUCUUGGGAAAGGAUGCGGGAUCUAGUGAAGCAGACCCCAAGAAGCCAGGAUUUUCUUUCCCCAGUCAGACUGCAUUUGAGAACAUGGGCAAGGGUAUGCUGGGUGCGCUAACCAAUGCACCCAAGGGAAUGGCAGGAGGAGGUAAAGCCGUCUUUGAUGGAGUGACUGGGGUAUUUGGAGGCGCUGCCAAUAAUAAAAGGCCAGCUGCCACCGCCGAGAUCCAGCCUCAACACCGGAAAAGUCUUUCUCUUUCCAAGACGAAUGAUGAAGUUCCAGCCUCCACUGCUCUCAGUCGAGCUAGCUUGUCAAAGACACGUUCCAGCCUCGACGACCCUGCGAGGAUUUCAGAAACCGAUGAUGCUACUGGUUCGCCAGCGUUGCCGUUCGUUUCUAAUGACUCCUUGGAGAUCCAAAAAAGCGAAGCUUCCAAGUCACUUUCGGCCAAUAGUGCCGCUAGUGUUAUCGAUCCGAGGGCCAAUGAACAGGAUGCAUGGGCUUCAGAGUCGACGCUCGCGCGUUCUGAAAAUAGACAGUCACUUGAUCCUAUGACCGACCACCCAGAUAUCAACACCAAGGAAGAUAUUCAUAAGACAUCUUCCCAUCGCCGAUCAGAGACCGAGCAGAGCAAUUCAGGGCCACCCAAACCACGCAACCAGGGAAACCCCAUCACAACCGAUGAGACGCAAAUAGCAGUGGAGUUGAUUUUUGCGGUCAUCAACGAGCUCUACACCCUGUCAUCUGCAUGGAACAUUCGGCGGACCCUCUUGAACGCUGCUAGGUCGUAUAUUCUGCGUCCUGGUAGUCCGACCUUGGAAACGAUCCGCACUCUCUUACAGGACUCGAUGAUUCAGGGCCAUACUUCGGAUGAAGCCCUUGGGAAUUACAUUACCAAGCUUCGAGAGAAUGCACUCCCGACAGAGACUGAACUGAAAGCUUGGCCGGCUCCACCCAGUGAGGAGGAGAAAGCCCGUCUACGGGACACUGCACGUCGGUUGUUCGUGCAGCGAGGAAUUCCCCAGGCAUUGACAAGUGUCAUGGGAGCAGCUGCUAGCCGGGAGGCAUUGGAAAAGAUCUUUGACAGCCUUCAGGUGGAAUCUGUCGCCCGAGGUUUCGUCUUUUCGGUCCUGCUACAGGGGUUGAGAGUAUUGACCCUGUAG